UCCAUUUCAUCAACAACUGCUCCUUUAUCAACAGUUACUUCGUCGCUGUUUCGGCCUCUGAAUCAAAAGAUCUGGACCCGAUCUGCCAACCAUACAGGUCAACACGAUCCCCACCGUACAAUCCAAUCUCAACAUCAAGAGUCCUCAUCAACAACUGCUCCUCUAUCAACAGUUACUUCGUCGCUGUUUCGGCCUCUGAAUCAAAAGAGCUGGAUCCGAUCUGCCAACCAUACAGAUCAGCACGAUCCCCACCGUUCAAUCCAAUCUCAACAUCAAGAGUCCUCUGCUAGAUUUGCUUCCAGCCAAUUAAUUUCGUCUGGCCAGCCCACCCGUGACUUUGUCCAUCAAUUGGCUAAUACCAUUCUUUGUCGGCAGACUCGGCCAUCCACUGUCUGGAAGAUCGUAGCUAGCACAACUACAUCGAUACCAAUGGAAAUUCAACAAGAGCAGAAUCAACGCACUCUCAUUAGCAAAUCACACCAGAUAAAAUCUCAAAUCCAUGAAUGGCAUCCAUCACAUGAUUCUACCGUGACCAACCACGUGUCAGGGCUUUUAGACCCGUUAUUCGUCCCCGACCAGCUAAUUGGUCGUAAUCUAUCUACUCUCCCAAUAGCCAUAUCUCGUCAGCCUCCUCCGAAUCUACCUCCUCUCGCAUCACCUCUUUUCUUGUCCAAGCGAAAUUCUCUUUCUCCGGUCGAAAGAAAUAGUAGAAAAACUAUUUUUGAGACACCAGUUUUAUCACACGUUAUCCAGGGUGUUCCUGUUUCUCGAGCACGCAGGUCAAAGGAACCAGCAGCUAUCAAUCCUCAUCCUUCGGCGGACAGAGCUCCUAUAAUAUUUCGUUAUACUGAUGUUCUAGUUGAUCUUGUCAAUGAAAAUUCAGUCAGUAGUCCUAGCGCAAGCCUAAGUGUAAGUGCUGACAGCACUGAAGCGUUUGGUGGAGCUGACAUCUGUUUAUCGGCAGCAAAUUGGCUUGGCAAUGAUGCAAUUGGCUCUUCUCAACUUAGCAAACUACUUUUGCCGGAAACUUUGGAAACACUAAACCGGUUCGCCAUUUGUGAGUACAGGAAAUCUUGCCAUGUUGACUUGUAUCUUUGGGAUAUUGUGAAAGACUGA